CGUCUCUCUCCCUCUCUGUUUCACCCCUUCCUUGCAACAACAAAACUUAUGAGUACUUGCUGGGUGCCCCAACAAUACUUGUGUUGAUGAUUGCCCAUCCUUGCACCUCCAAAAAGAAAUGAAAAAAAAAUUUGAAAAACACCAACACCACCCAAAAGCGCUCUUCCUUCCCCAUUUCUAUUGGCAUGUCUGGCAACCCUGGCAAUUGGUCGACGGCCAUUGCUUCUCAACUUGUUGCUCGUCUCGCUUGCUCUCCUCUCUCUCUCUACUCUCUUUUCAAGUACGCUCUCUCUGCGCCAGUGUUUUGGCAUUUUUGUUACUUAUUUUCGUUUCGAGUAUAGUUUUAUGCGAAAUGAACAAUGCCAAACAAUGAAACGCCUGAAGACCUGCAUAAAGUGUUGAUGCUAACAUUUAAAUGGGAAUCCGAAAUUCCACAUCACCGACAACACCUGUCCACUUGGAAGUUACAGCACUAAUCGGAGGAACGCUGCAUGAACGUGUUUUCGGUACCGUUUAGAACCGGAUUUUCUAUGCUAGAGAAUGAGAAUAUGAUCGCGGUUCUGUGGGGACAUCUUGUGACAACUUAGGAACUCCGAUACGAAGCGGUUUUCCGCCAUUAAGGCAUUUCCAAUUGGAAAGCGCGCAGCGAGAGAUUCUUAAAGGUUGCUCCGUUUCCCAUUGGUAAUGUGUUGUUUACAGUUAUGGUUAAGUUAAUAGCAGCGUGUUUAUGUAAUAUAUAGAUAAUUCGAGUUAUGCACGUUCCACUGUACAGUGAUCAAAGGGAAAAGAAACAGUAUUGGAAUUUCCAUGAAGUUGCAUAACAAAUGAGGAAUAGUAGUGAUGAGAAGAUUCGUGGUAGAUUUCAGUAAACCCUUAAUUUACGUUGAGCGCCCCUCGAAUGCGAAUGUUAAUGCGUGUGUGUGUGUGUGUGUGUCUGCUUGAGUGUGUUGUUUUGUGGCUUAAUUGCACGGUGUGUUGUGAUGCUAUUGUUAUUUUUCCUUUAGUUAUUGCUACGUUAAUUUUUUUCUUUCGACCCUCCACAGUGCAAAUAUAAUUUUCAGAUAGCAAUCAACUGAGAGCGGUCCAGCCCGGCCUGUUGUAUUUGUUUGUUUGUCCGGUUGUUUACGUUUUUUUCUCUCGUUCUCGCUGCUUUUCAUACGUAUUUUAUAUUUUGUAAAAAUAAAAAAUCGUUAUAAAAAACCAAAAACACACAUAGAGGAGAGCACAUCCAAAGAGCCAAAAAGAGUCAGAACCGAUUGCGUAUUAUGGAUAACGAGGCGUUAGAUCCAACAAUAAAAAGCAGUACGUCGGCAGCGACGCCAACAGCAGCAGCAUCAGAAACGACAACAACAGCAGCAUCUUCAGUUGUGGAAACCACAACAACAAUCGCGGCGGCCACAGCCUCAGCGGCAGAAUCAAAAAACGAAACAACGGCCACAAACAACAAUAGCAACACAAGCGGCAGCAUCAGCAGUAGUAGCAGCAACAAUAUAGUCAUACCGGCAUCGGCCACUAACGGUAUCAAAGAGAGUAACAGUAACUUAAGUACAACAACAACAGCAGCAGCAGUAGCGGCAGCAACAACUGUAGAAGGAGUAGCUCCAGCAAUAACGUCCACAAUCGUGGUGACCGGCGGCACUCCUCCAUUGAGCAGUUUGGCUAACAAACUCAAGGACAACACACCACCGUACGAUGCACCGCCGCCCACGCCGAUCAGCAAGGUCCUGAACAUCACCGGCACCCCGAUCGUUCGCAAGGAGAAGCGCCAGACCAGCGCCCGGUACAAUGCCUCCAAGAACUGCGAACUGACGGCCCUCAUUCCGCUAAACGAGAAGACCGCCGCCAGUGAACGUGAGGAGCUGUUCAUACAGAAGAUCCAGCAAUGCUGCACACUGUUCGACUUCUCCGAGCCGCUCAGCGACCUCAAGUUCAAGGAGGUGAAGCGGGCGGCUCUGCACGAAAUGGUCGAUUUCCUCACCAACCAAAAUGGCGUAAUAACCGAAGUUAUUUACCCGGAGGCGAUCAAUAUGUUUGCUGUCAACCUUUUCCGAACUCUGCCGCCAUCGUCCAACCCGAAUGGUGCCGAAUUCGAUCCGGAGGAGGAUGAGCCCACGUUGGAGUCCUCGUGGCCGCAUCUGCAACUCGUUUACGAGCUGUUCUUGCGCUUCUUGGAGUCACCAGAUUUUCAACCAAGCAUGGCAAAACGUUUUAUCGACCAUCAAUUUGUAUUACAACUAUUGGAUUUAUUCGAUUCGGAGGAUCCACGUGAACGUGAUUUCCUGAAGACUGUUUUACAUCGCAUCUAUGGAAAAUUUUUGGGCUUGAGAGCAUUUAUUAGAAAGCAGAUCAACAAUGUCUUUUACAGAUUUAUUUAUGAAACGGAGCAUCAUAAUGGCAUAGCCGAAUUGUUGGAAAUCCUGGGUAGCAUUAUCAAUGGCUUUGCUCUGCCGCUUAAGGAGGAGCAUAAACAAUUUUUACUUAAGGUAUUGCUGCCAUUGCACAAAGCCAAGAGCCUCUCGGUCUACCAUCCGCAGCUCACCUAUUGUGUGGUGCAGUUCCUGGAGAAGGAUCCUAGCUUAUCGGAGGCGGUCAUCAAAAGCCUACUUAAAUUUUGGCCCAAGACGCACAGUCCCAAGGAGGUUAUGUUUUUGAACGAGCUGGAGGAGCUGUUGGACGUAAUUGAGCCGGCCGAGUUCCAGAAGGUGAUGGUGCCGCUGUUCCGCCAAAUAGCCAAGUGCGUCUCUUCGCCUCAUUUCCAGGUGGCCGAACGUGCGUUGUACUAUUGGAACAACGAGUACAUUAUGUCGCUGAUAACGGAUAACUCGGCGGUGAUAUUACCCAUUAUGUUCCCAGCGCUCAAUCGCAACUCAAAGACGCACUGGAACAAGACCAUCCAUGGUCUGAUCUACAAUGCACUCAAGCUGUUCAUGGAGAUAGAUCAGCGGCUUUUUGACGAGUGCAGCAAGAACUACAAGCAAGAGAAGCAGAUGGAGCGUGAGAAGCUGUCGCAAAGGGAGGAGCUCUGGCAACAGGUGGAGAGCUUGGCCAAGACCAACCCGGAGUGGACAAAGGCGCGCCGGUUUAACGACUGCCUGCCGGUCAGCGACAGCCGGGCCCUGUGCGAUCAAUAUAGUGAGAACAGCGAUUCAGCGUAUGAUCAGAGCGAGCAGAGGGCGCGCCAGCCGCCGCCUCCGCUGCCGCCACAGAAACAGGCGCACCAGGAGCCCCGAGAGUAAACGCGUGAAUAUAAUUGUACAGUUGAAUUUGAAUUGUCUAACUUAAGGCGUAGGCGUUUACCACCUUGAUUGAGUACAUAUAUAUCCCCCGAUUUCUGCCACAUGCAUACAUAGAUAGCUAUAUGACAUCCAGACAUUCAUGCCACAUGCCACUAUUAUACACACAUACUAUAUAAAACAUGUUUACUACUCCACGACUCAAAUUUGCAAAUAUUGUACGCUAUUUAGCCUAGCAGUUAGAGCAGCAUACCCAUAAUAUAUUUAUAUGAAACAAAUCGCCCAGCAGGACACAUAAAUUGUGGUAUGUAUGUGCGUGAGUGUAUUUUUGUAUGUACUACCUAUUAAAUAUAGAAAUAUAUAUAUAUAUAUAUGUGCGGAGAACCGUGUUCCUGAACACCGAUCAAAAGGAAUUAGGCAUUUUUGUUUGUCCUGGACUGGCCGUGGAUGAUCCUGCGGACCGCCAAGGAAUAGAGAUGUGCCAAUUUCUGGUCCACCAAGCACAGUUGAUAACCUAUAAGCAUCCUUACAACGUCACCACAACAGACUGGGACAAAUUGCUGGUCGUAGCGUCUACUUCUAUACGUUAAUCUAUAUCUAUAUGUUAAACUGUAAUUUUGGAUCCGUGUCAACCAGUCGUUUAGUUCCAUAGUCAAGUCAUUACCGGGUCCGUUAGACAAGGAUUUAUGCAGAUACUCUCAACUAAUCUAGAAUCUAGACAAAGGCGACGAAGCAGAUCAAAAGAGUUUUGCUACCACUACCAAGUGCUGUACACGCCAAAAACGAAAGGCUUCAGUUUAGCUAUAGACACAAAUAUAUAUAUAUAUAUAUAUAUUAUAUAAAGAGAUGUAUUUACAUAUUUUUGGCAUUAUAGAUACAUACACAAUGUGGAAAAUUGCAAAACAAUAAUAUGGGUGGAGAGGUAAAGGGAAAGUAAUUCUUAGAAAGGCAGAUUUUUUCAUACAGGAAACGGUGAAAAUCAAACUUUUCAACAUAAGAAUUAAACAUAUAUAUAUAUAUGGGAAAAACAAAAACUAUAAAACAUUUACUAAAAGUGAAAACAAUAAAUGAAAAAUGAGUUAUACACCCUUAAAACAAUAUAUAUGUGCAAAUUGUAAAUGGAGCAUGUAAUUUUGUAAAAAUUAUAAAUAAAAGUUUAUCAAGUCGAG